AUGAAGCAGACCCUGACCCCGGCGGUACGGCGCCCGCCCGGGGACGGCAGGCCUGGGUUAGGCCAGGUCCAGUACAUGGAGGAGUACUACACCAGCCGGAAGGGCCCCUUGUUCGCCACAGCUGUGAUUGCAGGCACCAACGCAGUGAAACAAGCCAGCACCCUCAUCCCCUUUUGUCACCCGAUCCCCAUCCAGAAGUGCAGCUUUACUUUUCGGCGACGUGUGGUCGGGGGCGGCUUGAAUUACACUGCCUUGCCUCAUCGUGUGGUGCUGCGCAAGCGAGCCGCGCCGCAGCCGUCUCCGCAACCUGGCAAACAGGAAUGUAGCGUCUUGUAUUGCUUCUGCACCGUGGCCACAGAAGAAGCUAAAACGGGUGUUGAGAUGGAGGCGCUGACAGGCGCAAUGGUGGCAGGGUUGACUCUCUAUGACAUGCUCAAGGGGCUGCCCGGAGCACAAGAGGACGGCUUGGCAGUCGGUGAAGCAUUUAUCUUAGCCAAACGCGGAGGUCGAAGUGAUUUCACAAAGUUGCUCAUGUCAGAGCCCGAUAGACCUGGACACGCGGUGGUGCCACUGCCUGCGAAUGCUUCUACGGCAUCACCAUCCAGCACUGCUGCAGAGCCUAAAGAAAAGCCAGACACUGACGCCACUAGUGAAAAAAAAAAUGAGGUCUCCAAGGAAAGUAAAAAUAAUGCAAAUCUUGAGGAAGAAGUCGAUGAGGAAGGGGAUUCUACUGAAGAGGAGGAAGAGGAAGAACAAGAGCACGAGGCCAAAGUUGAGCGAAAACCACUAGCGUCUCCUUUAAAGAGGGCCACGGACAAUAGUACUGGUGCAUUGCUUGCGCGCACGGCAGGGGACACAGGUGCAUGGUGGCGCUCUUCAAAGCACGAAAAAAAACUCCAAGAAUUGUACCCUCGGCGCAAGUAUGGCGAGGGCUCACGAGUGUCGCCGCCUGAGAAACUUGUGCAAAAGAAUCAGGCCCCUGCAGGACUUAAGAACAUCAAGAACAAACCUACUACAACUGCGAAGCCUACCGCACGCUCUGAGAUCGAAGACUCGGAGCAAGCUGAAGACGAUGACUGUGCUGCUGACGUUGAGGCCGAUGAGGUUGAGGAAGCAUCGAUGCCAGCAAGAACGUUGCGAAAGCACUUCAAAAGUAGUCACUUAGAGAAAAAGACCGGUCGAUCUGUCGUACGCAACACACCCUCCUCUGCACCUGCCACGUCGGCGUCCGUACAUUUGAAGCGGAUCAAGAAAGCUGCGCCCAUAGCAACCGGCAAGGGAAUUCCGCAUCGAGACAAAAGGACAGUGCGGGCUACUCCACCACCCGCUCCCACGGCAGACGAAGAAGAAGAAGAGGAGGAGGAAGAAGAGGAGGAGGAAGAAGAGGAGGCGGAGGAAGAGGAGGAGGAAGAGGAAGAGGAAGAAGACGAGGAGGAAGAUCAGGUUGAUUACGAAGAGAGCAAUGGAGAUGAGGAGGACGAGGAAACUGAGACUGAAGAAGUAACAAUGGAAACAUUAAAGCGGGAAUCAUCACGGCCGAAGGGCAAGAAAGCUCGCGCAAUAACGCCACCGAGGGAGGAGUAUAUAGAGAAGAAGGCACUUGCAAAAGGUGGCGGUUCAAAGAAAUUGGCGCUAAGAGUGGUGGAACAUGACUCCUGGGAUGCUGAAACAACGACGUACAAGGACGAAGUAGUUGACAACGAUGGGGAAAAGAAGGAGUCACCAUUGCCACUGAAAAAAUUAAAGAAGCGUAGACGAUAG